AGAGAGAUAUAGACAGGGAGAGAAAGAGAGAGAGUAAUGGCGCCUCGAUGCUGCACUCACUGAGGCAGUGUUUGGAGCCGGUUAGGGAGAUUCGGUAAGGGCAGACAAAAGGAAAAAAACAUGGUGAACACAAGGAAAAGCUCACGGCCGGGGAGCGGUCCCUUCAUCUCCUCGAGGACUAGGUCGUCGUCGAGAAACGAGCGAAACUCUGAGGAACAUAAGGAGCCCAGUAGUGAUGUGAGCAGUCCCAGCAGCCCGCGGUUGGCCCCUCCUUCCAAGCGGACACGCCGCCAGACUGCCUCCGAGCUCAGCUCCAGUGAUACCUCCCCGUCUCCUCAGACUAAAAGCCAGAGAGUCAGCUGGGACAUUCCCACCUACCACACCAGGUUGUCCUCUCGCAUAAUGCAAAAUGGACACGCCCAUAUGAGUCAUCGGAAUGAGGAGAGCGGAGGGGCGGAUCACUCUCACAUGAAUGGCCAUGUGGAGCUGAAGAGGAGCUGCCGUGUCAGGAAGAGCCAAUUUGAACACCUCAAUCAGAGCCUGCUGUUUGAUCAGCUGGUCAACAGCACUGCUGAGGCUGUCCUUCAGGAGAUGGACAACAUCAGCAGCAUCAGGCAGAACCGUGAGGUGGAGCGACUUCGCAUGUGGACUGGGGAUACUGAGGAGGAAAACAUGGACAUGUAUUCCCGUGUGAAGCGCAGGAAGUCCAUGCGCAGGAGCACUUUCAGCAUGCCUACACACCACAAAGUCUUGAGCAAAACAGAGCAGGAGGAAGAGGAAGAAGAGGAAGGGACGGAAGAUUCUCAUGGUGAGGAAGAGGAGGAGGAUGCAGAGGAUGACGACGAAGAUGAUGAAGGAGAUGAAGUGGAAGAAGCAGGAGAGGAAAAUGACAGACCAUACAACCUGAGGCAGCGAAAGACGGUGCAGAGAUACGAGGCACCACCUAUCGAACCUGUAAAUAGAAAACAGAGCAACCCCUCACUUUUUGACACCCACAGAUCGCCAGCUAGAAGAAGCCAUAUAAGAUUGUCGCACUUAACCAGAGUGAAGAAACAUGCCAUUCACAGCAGUGACACCACCUCGUCUUCUGAUGAAGAGCGGUUUGAGCGUAGAAAAAGCAAGAGCAUGACCCGAGCCAGAAACAGAUGUUUGCCCAUGAACUUGACUGCAGAAGACCUGGCUAGUGGGGUGCUACGUGAUCGUGUGAAAGUGGGUGCCAGCUUGGCUGAUGUGGAUCCCAUGAGCCUUGAUAGCUCAGUGAGAUUUGACAGUGUGGGUGGCCUCAGUAAUCACAUUCAGUCACUAAAGGAGAUGGUUGUGUUUCCGCUGCUUUACCCUGAAAUCUUUGAGAAGUUUAAGAUUCAGCCUCCCAGAGGGUGUUUGUUCUAUGGCCCUCCAGGGACAGGAAAGACUCUGGUAGCAAGGGCGCUUGCCAAUGAGUGUAGCCAUGGGGACAGAAAAGUUUCCUUCUUCAUGAGGAAAGGAGCUGACUGCCUCAGCAAGUGGGUUGGUGAAUCUGAACGGCAGCUACGCCUGCUCUUUGACCAGGCUUACCUGAUGAGGCCAUCCAUUAUUUUCUUUGAUGAGAUUGAUGGCUUAGCUCCUGUUCGCUCGAGCAGGCAAGACCAGAUACACAGUUCUAUUGUGUCCACUCUGCUGGCCUUAAUGGAUGGCUUGGACAGUCGUGGGGAGAUAGUGGUCAUCGGUGCUACAAACAGACUUGACUCUAUCGACCCAGCACUCAGGAGGCCUGGACGCUUUGACCGGGAGUUUCUGUUCAACCUGCCUGACAAGAAGGCCAGAAAGCACAUUUUGGAGAUUCACACACGGGACUGGAAUCCCAAAUUGGCUGAGCCAUUUGUAGAUGAGCUUGCAGAAAAAUGUGUCGGCUACUGCGGUGCUGACAUCAAAGCACUUUGCACAGAGGCAGCCUUGGUUGCGUUGCGCCGCCGCUACCCCCAGAUAUACGGCAGCAGUGUCAAACUGAAGCUGGAUGUCACCUCAAUUGUGCUGGGGCCUGGUGACUUCAGCAAGGCCAUGAGGACAAUCGUCCCAGCCUCCCAAAGGGCCCUGGCUCCCCCGGGCCGAGCCCUGUCCCCUGCCCUCAGGCCCCUUCUUGCCAGCUCUUUCUCCUUGGUGCUGAAAACUCUGCUCCGAGUCUUCCCCCACGCUCAGUGUACUGACAGGGACAACACACAUGGCGGUGACAAUCAACUGCUUGAAGAGGACUUGUACAGCGACGAUGACAAUGAGGAAGGCUCUGCUUCCAUUUAUGAAGUCCAGCCUGCUGCAUCCCCAAAGAGUCAGCUUUCAUGUUCCGCAACACACAGAUCCUUCCUCCAUUUCUCCUCCUCUGCUCUCCAACAGCCCACUGCAUACCGGCCUCGUCUUCUCCUGGCUGGGGCCCCAGGCUCAGGACAGAGCUCCCACUUGGCCCCUGCCUUGCUGCACCACCUGGACAAGCUGCCAGUGCAUCGCCUGGAUUUGCCCACUCUCUACUCCAUCAGCGCUAAGACGCCAGAGGAGUCUUGUGCUCAGGUUUUUCGCGAGGCACGCCGGAGCGUGCCCAGUGUGGUGUUCAUGCCGCAUGUCUCAGAAUGGUGGGAGACAGUGAGUGACACUGUGAAGAGCACCUUCCUCACCUUGCUGCAGGAUGUGCCCUCUUUCAGCCCUGUCCUUAUCCUUGCUACUGCCGAAACUCACUAUUCACAGCUGCCAGACGAGGUGAGAAAUAUGUUCCAGAGGACCUAUGGGGAGGUAGUGAUGCUGUGCCCUCCAGGAGAAGAGGACAGGAGGAGCUUCUUCUCUGAUUUGCUGCUAGUCCAAGCGGCCAGACCUCCGCCACGCCUCAGGAAUACAGAGAGGUGCAAAGAGAUACUUCCGGUGGCAGAGGCCCCAGGCCCCAGAGUCCUGUCAGCAGAGGAACAGCGCCGCCUGGCUGAACAGGAGGAGAACACUCUACGGGAGCUCAGGCUCUUUCUCAGGGACGUGACCAAGCGCCUGGCCACUGACAAACGUUUUAACAUCUUCAGCAAGCCAGUUGACAUUGAGGAGGUGUCGGAUUAUCUGGAGGUUAUCCGGCAGCCGAUGGACCUCUCCACUGUCAUGACCAAGAUUGACACCCACCAGUACCUGACUGCAAAAGACUUCCUGGUGGACAUUGACCUCAUCUGCAGCAACGCUUUAGAGUACAAUCCUGACAAGGAUCCUGGAGACAAGGUGAUCAGGCAUCGAGCUUGUAGUUUAAAGGACACAGCCCAUGCUAUAUUUGCUGCUGAACUGGACCCCGAGUUUGACCGUAUGUGUGAAGAGAUCAAGGAGGCACGAAGGAAGAGAGACCUCCAGAUGCCAGCUCAACUGACAGCAACUGUGAGUGCUGUUGCAACCAGAAAGCAGCAAACUGCAGGAGAGGAGCAGGCCCGCAGCAGCACUCAAGGGGAGGCCACUUACAAACAGUGCACCACUAAUCACAUAAAGCGGAAGAUUCGACGGCGGCCAUCUUGGGGGCGAGGCAUCAUUCGUAAGAAGAAGAACUACAAAAAAGGAACAGAAGAGGAGGAGGAGGAGCCCGAGGUGGAAGUGGAAGCUGCUGGGCCCAGUGACUCGUGUUUGACGCAGGAUGAGGAAUCAUCUUGUGAUACAAUGGGUCCCCAGCCCAAUGGCCAUCAUCCCCAUGUCCCGUCUACAGAGGAGGAGAGCUCCAAUGAGCCCCCUGUUGCAGCUUCUGCUGAACCCCCCGAUGUCAGUAAAGUCAGAGAAGAGCCAGCACCUAAGGAGGAGGAGUCCACAGCCAAAGAGUCUGAAAACACAGAAAAACCCACUGAGCUGCACUGCCUUGGUGACAGUUCUCAGACCAAGGCAGACGGGGAAUGCCAGAACAAGCAGGCUGACUUCCAGCCUUUGAUUGAAACGUCCGAGUCUUCAGAUGCUGAGGCUCAGCCUAAGCACUCAGAGGGUCUCCUAGUAUCACAAAUGGACUGUGUGAAUGGAAACGAGUCAAUGGACAGCCUGGACUCACAGGGCCUCAAGGGGAACAGUGGAGCUAAGAAAAUCACACCUCAGAGCACAGCUGAGGACUCUCAUAAUAAUCCAGAACAGGAUGAGCACAAAGACAAAAAUGAGAGCAAAACAACUCAGGAGCACCCUCCCCAGGAUGGGAGGGCAGUAACAGAAAAUAUUGAGGAAGAUCAAGAUAAAGAAGGGUGUUCCAAAGCCAGUAAAUGCAAGAAGAGCCUGUCAGAGGAGCUGAAGGGAUCUGCUGAGAGGACAGAAGAAGAAGACGAGCCACAACCAGUCCCUCCACAUCCUCCAGUAGUGGUUGACCACCAGCGACUCUUGGCUCUAUUGGACAUGGUAGUGAAGAAGAGUGAGGGCUACAGCGUGGAGCAGCUGGAGAGACUCUACUCUCUUCUCAGCCAGUGUAUCUACCAGCACCGCAGAGAGUACGACAAGACCCAGCUACUGGAGGAGAUGGAGGAGAGAAUCCAGCGUUUUGAUACAUUCCUGUGAGAUGGAGAAGAAUGCCUGUCAGGUAGAUCCUGAACAGCCUGGGACCACAAAGACACACAAAAACUGAGCGAGAGAGAGAGACAGACGGACAGAGUGAAGGAGCUUCUGAGUCCAGGCCUCGACGCAAGAACACAUAAAGAAAAUCUGGUGCCCCCCCUUUUGUGAGGAGGGAUCACAACAAGGACGAGGUUGAGGACAGAGAUAUUCAAUGGUGCUAUCGUCUCAGGAACCUGGCCAGAUCCAGACCCAUUCUACAUAACCAAACUCCUGGAGGUGUGUCAGUCACACACGCGCACACACACCAAUGGUGACGGGCAACCCUGGUGCUACUCGGGUGCUAUCCUAACUUUAAUCCAUGCUGCUCUUGGGAUUACUUCUUAACUUGGAUAACUAGCAAAACCAACAGAUCGGGUGAUGUCAUAUCGCAACCUGGCUGCAGGCCGUGCAUACGCACUCACACACACAUCCUGACACUUGGGUAUGCAUGCAUUUCUACAGACACACUCAGAUCCUCACCAGCAGAUGUGUGAAUGCAGAGUGCCGCUAGGAGAGGACAAAAAGUGUUCUGAAUCACUCGGCCACAUUGCCAAGCCCAUUUUGCCCUCAAACAGAACUCUUUGGUCAUCGGUCUUCUGUCGCCAGGCUUUAAUGUGGCUCAUUUUGUCAUUUUAGCUACUUGAUAUUAGUCCAGUAUCUGAGCCACUGUCAAGGACACUCACCCAGAAUAGUAGUUUACAAAGAAGUUCUAGUGGGAACACAGACUGGUUGAGGUUAGCACAGCAAAACUAGAACUGAUUACGUCCUUUUCAUUACAGCCGUCACCAGGUGUGGAGAGCCGUUAGCCCCCCUCAGUGUACGUAUCAAAGUUACUGGUGAGUAAGCUUAGUUUCGCCUGUAUGUCAGCUGCAACAAACCACCUCGCUUGAAACGCUCACUCGUAGACCUCCUCUGGCAUUCAGCCAGACUGUCAUGUCCCAAAUAGUUUGUGGUCACUGAGCCCCCUUCCUUUCUACAUUCACAGUCUGAAUGUUUUCCCUGCCUACUCAAGCUGUGCCCGCCAGUUGAUUUUCCUACCAACACCCUGGCUGAGGAACUGGAAGCAGUACAAAUUGGAAUGCGUCUGGAGUUUGCACUGCCUAGUGUGUGCCUUAUUUAAAACCUCAUAAGAAACUCUGAUAUAUUAAGCAGGAUUUUUUAUUUACUUCUUGUGACAAUGAACAGGCUCCAAGUUGGGGUGGCUCUUAACCACUGAGGUCACUGUGACCUUGAAGCAAAAAAAUAUAUAUAUCUCAAUGCCAUUAGGCCAUUUAAAAGCAUAUCUGGGGUUCUACAUCUCUGACCUUGGCCAAAAAAGUAAUUGACAACAUUUGAAAAUCUGAGAAAAUAGACAAUACUCACCUUCUGUGGCUGCAUUCGUGUCCGGACAGAUACGUCUCAAGCACUUAAAAAUAUUUUUAUGAUAUUUAAAUGUAUUCAUGCCCUGUUAAAGUCAAACCUGUUGGGAAGGUCAGUCUCUACCUGAGCAGACAGCAGGUGUAGGAAGAGGUUGACAACACCAGCUUUUCUUCAGUUUUUCAUAUGCAAAACAUAAUGAUGGGAGUCCAGUGAUUUGCCGUGCCAAGUGUUAUCCCAUUCCCUCAAAAAAGGUGCUGAAAUGACGGUGCCUGUUCACAGGAAUUCUGUUUUGACCCUGAACAUGUUCUGUUAGAUGUCAUAGCAACCUAUGUAUUAUGUUGUGUAUUUGCUAAUUAUUAUUUUUAUUUUUUACAUUUUUUUUAUACAACGCUUUGCUUGAGUUGUUUGAUUUUGCGUGGGCUGUGAAUGUAUAAUGAACAAGGCCAUUCUAGGCAGUGCCCGUCACUAAGGUGUAGAAAGCAUUACAUAAUUUUCUUUCUAAAAUGUGCGUGCAGAUGUUGUGGGUUUGCUUUGUUCUGAUGAGAGAAGAUGGAUUCUCAUCUGUGGCCAACAUAGUAUAUGUUUGUGACUGCAGUAAAUGAAGUCAUUUACUGAAGCUUUAUAAGGUUUUCAUGGCAUUUUCAUGGUUUGAGAGAUGUCACAUUGUUUGUUAUUGUAACAGCAGUUGUAGACUGGAGAAGGCCCCCCUUCUGUUCUCUCAGUGCACUCUCGUCCAGUCCUCAGACCUCUUGGUGCAACUCUGACCCCAGCUCACCUCUGCCUUUUCUCAAAUUUUGGGUGACAAAAGCAAAGACCAUAUGCAAACAGGCAAUGACAGGUUAGCACUUGGACUACUGCAGAGAGAAAAACCAAUGCUACCUCAGCUUAAUUUAUUUUAAUGCGAAAACUGUUUACUGGGUACAAGCAGUAUUUUUUUCCCCCCUCAAAAUACUGUCGCAACAUCUACAGUACCAGCUAAGCUACCAGAUCAGUACAACCACAGUUGCUGCAGUAAUCCAAGAGUUGUAUAUCUCCCUGAUUUUUAAUGUAUGUUUGCAUUUGAGCCAGAUGAUGAUUGCAUAAAUUCUAGGGGUAUUUCAUGGUCUGUGUAUUUUAUGUUUUAGUUUCAGAUUGAUUUCUGCUGUACCUUGACACUGAGGAGAUGGGCUCCUCUUUCCUAUGAUCACCCCAUAUGUUGUUAGAAGCUACAGCGAGCAUUUUGCCUCUUCUCACACUCGCCUUUUUGUUUUCAAAUUUUUUUGAUUUUUUUUUACAGAUUUUCAUCUCAUGAUUCUCUUUAUUUAUUAUUAAACAUGUUGUACACCUAAUGUUCGGUAAAUUGUUUUCUUUUCUUUUUUUUUUUGGUGCGUUUUGAAAUUAAACAAACCGGGAAGCGUCACGUGUCGGUUUUAACAAUUUUGCUGAAUUGUGUAGCGUUUGUGUAGCAGGUUUAUUUGGCGUGUACGGGGGGAAUAAAGGGUUUACAGGUCUCUCAGGUUCAACAUGCGACAACAUGCCCUUUCAACUUUUCUAUUUAUUUCAUUGUUCUGGUGUUUUCUUCAUUUAAAGUGGUUACAGACUGUGGCAUACUGGAAGAGACUAACAUUAUUAGAAUGCAAGUGAUAUUUAAAGAAAACUUAGUGUCUGUUUAAUACAUCCAAGGAAGUGAAACAGGACCAGACAAACCUUUUUUAAAUGUUUUUCACUAUGUCUCCACUUUCUGCCAAAAGAGUUAUUUUUUACGAAUUUAAAAACACUUAUGGAAAUAAAAUAUGGGUAGUUAAAUGUCAUACAUUGUGAUAUUCCUUUCUUAUUAUAAAUUGUAGCCAGUUUGGACUAACAACCAAUUUUUGUCUGGUAGUUGAGACUACUUAGUCCAGUAUGCAGAGGGAAAGGGUUUGUUCUAUCCUGAAUUACUUUGUUCUUCCCUAUUUUUCACAGUUAAUUUAGCCAAGACUUUCCAUAGCUUUGUCAGUUACGUUCGUUUGUGUAUUUUAACACACCUGUUUGCAAUUGUUACAUUAGUGUAAGUUAUAUUUGAAAUGAAACAUUUACUGUAUUUCUCAAAUAAACUGCUGUGAUAUACUUGAAUAAAGAUACAAACUGUAAAA